AUGAGCUCUUCAAUGCUGCCAGUUGCCCUGCAGAAUAAGCUGGUCGGCUACGGCCGGGUGUCCAGCGCGCACCUCUCUGCCUCGAACCUUGACCUUAUCCGCAAUAUCGUAUUUAUCCUAUUCAUCCUUCGGUAUACGCGCAAGACCUUCUACUCCAUCCGUGGCUACGGCAUCCUCGGCAGCAUCCGCAACAUCUACAUCUCGCUCCGCCUGUUCUGCUACAGUAUCUUCCUCCGCGUCCCUGGUGUCCGCGGCCAGGUUGAUAAGCAAGUGAGCACUGCUAUCACGAAUCUCGAGUCGAAGCUGGUUAACUCUGGGCCGGAUGUUACACGGUAUCUUACACUGCCCAAGAAGGGUUGGUCGCCGGAGCAGGUCCGCGCUGAACUUGACAAGUUGGCUGGACUUGAACAUACCCGCUGGGAAGAUGGUCGCGUUAGCGGCGCCGUUUACCAUGGAGGCGCGGAGCUGUUGAAGCUACAGGCUGAGGCCUUUGGGCAGUUUGGUGUCGCGAAUCCGAUUCAUCCGGAUGUCUUCCCUGGUGUUCGGAAAAUGGAGGCCGAGGUGGUUGCUAUGGUUCUCGCUCUCUUCAAUGCCCCCACGGAUGGUGCCGGUGUAACCACCAGCGGUGGCACCGAGUCUAUUCUCAUGGCUUGCUUGGCUGCCCGGCAAAAGGCUUUCCUGGAGCGCGGUGUUACUGAGCCCGAGAUGAUUAUUCCCGAUACGGCACAUGCGGCAUUUAUCAAAGCUUGCAACUACUUCAAGAUCAAGCUGCACCGAGUGCCUUGCCCGGAGCCCGAGUUCAAGGUUGACGUGCACGCUGUUCGCCGUUUAAUCAAUCCAAACACAGUCCUUCUUGUCGGAUCAGCACCUAACUUCCCCCACGGCAUUGUCGACGAUAUCCCCGGUCUGUCGCAUCUGGCCACCAAGUACAAGAUCCCUCUCCACGUUGACUGCUGCUUGGGAUCUUUCGUCAUUGCCCACCUCAAGAAGGCCGGCUUCCCCUCGCCCUACGAGGAAGAGGGUGGCUUUGACUUCCGCCAACCUGGUGUGACCAGCAUCAGUGUCGACACCCACAAGUACGGGUUCGCGCCGAAGGGUAACUCUGUCUUGAUCUACCGCAACAAAUCAUACCGAAACAACCAGUAUUUCAUCUACCCCGAUUGUCUCAUGAGCGUCGGCGAAGCUGGAUACAUCAACAGCUGCACCGAUAUCAUCAACGCGGCACGGAAAUUCGAGACAGCCGUUCGGACCGACGCAACCAUCUCACUGCACAUGGAGGUCAUCGGUAACCCCAUCGUCAGUGUCGUCGCCUUCCGCAGCAAGAACGGUGCCAUUGACAUUUAUGAUAUCGCCGAUGACCUGUCUGCUAAAGGCUGGCACCUGAAUGCCCUGCAAUCGCCCGCGGCCAUCCACUGUGCCUUCACUAUUCCCACUGCCAAAGCUGUCGACCAGCUCAUUGCUGAUCUGGCUGAAGUCAUCGGCAAAGAGCUUGAGAAGGCUGAGCAGCGCAAGCGCGAAGGCAAAUCCUACAUCCUCAAGCGUGGUGAUACCUCUGCUCUGUACGGUGUGGCUGGCAGCAUUCCCGAUAAGAGUGUCGUCAGCCGUCUGGCAGAAGGCUUCUUGGACACUUUGUACAAAGCAUGA